UAUAACUCUAUUCACGUCGAUUGACCACUAUCAAACUGAACUUUACUUUCUCCCUCUGUCAAACUGAUUGCCUCCCUUCAUCCGCCAGUCAUCUUCUCCAACCGCCCAAUCCCCCAGCCCACAAAACCACCCACUGAAACACACAUAACUUGCACACAAUUGCAUUCUUUCUAUAACCCUUCACGCGUUUUUAAUUUCUCACCCCUCCUCCCCCUCUAUUAAUUAUAAACAGUUACGACCAUUCAAAAAAAAAAGAAUUGGUUAAAUCUUUGCAAGAAUAUCCAAAAGAAACUGACUUUCUCUAACAAAAUUAAAAACCCAGAAGUAGUUCUGGGUUUUUUUCCUUCAAUAAUUUGUCGGUUUUAAAUUGGGUGUGGUGAUGAUGCAUGGAAUGGAGAAUGGGGGGGCAGGCUGUGGGUUUGUGGUGGUGCCGGUUUUGGGUUGGAGAAAAGCAGGGGAAGAAAAGGAGGAGGACGCAAAUGGGGAUUAUGUGAAAUUGAAAGAUGAUGAUGUGGAGGAAGGUUAUGGUAGGGUAGCAGAUAUCGGAGAAGCGGUGGGGCCUGCAUCAUCAUCAUCAUCUUCUUCUUCCUCCUCUCCUUCUUCUCGUUGCAGCAGAUGCUGGUAUUCUAUUUGGUGGUGGGCUAAAUUGAUUCUUUUGGUGGGAUUUGUAUCAGUCUUGGCAGCUGUUUUCUUCAAAUGGAUUGGACCAUUCUUUAUGGACAAGGAGAUCAUCCCUGCUAUAAAUUGGGAAACUAAAACAUUUAGUAGACCAGUUUUGGCACUUUUGGUUUUUGGUUCUGUGGCAUUAUUCCCAACCCUGCUUCUUCCAUCUUCACCAUCCAUGUGGGUGGCAGGAAUGACCUUUGGAUAUGGUUAUGGGUUUUUGCUUAUCAUUGGUGCCGUGAUCAUUGGUGUUUCACUUCCAUAUUUCAUAGGGUCUCUUUUCCACCAUAAAAUUCAGGGAUUGCUGGAACGAUAUCCUAAAAGAGCUUCAUUAAUAAGACUAGCUGGUGAAGGGAAUUGUUUUAACCAGUUCCGAGCUGUUGCCUUGAUCAGGAUUUCUCCUUUUCCAUACAUUAUUUAUAACUACUGUGCUGUGGCAACUGAUGUUAAAUAUGUCCCUUACCUGUUGGGAUCACUUGUUGGCAUGGUACCAGAAACAUUUCUUACACUUUACACAGGUAUUUUGAUAAAAACUUUAGCAGAUGCUUCACAUGAUCGCCGUGCCUUGUCAGCUCCGCAGAUAAUUUUGAACCUUGUUGGUUUUUGUGCUACUGUGGCUACUACAGUAGUGGUAACAAUCUAUGCAAAAAGGAGGCUCAAAGAGUUGCAGAAGGAAGAAGAGCUUUUACUUCAGUGAGCCUGUGUUGUUUUCUUUCGGGACCAAAGAGUGAGAUUGAUUUGCAUCCAGUUCAGGUUUGAUUGGCAUGUCUAGAUGCAAAUUGUUGCUGGAUGGAUUGUUAUUGACUGAUUACUCCAUCCUUAAUUUCGUGGUCAACUUUGUGGGGCUGUGUCCUGCAUGGAUUAUUGGUGGAUGAUGGGGAAUUGAGACAACCAGCUAACAUGACUGAUAUUUAUACCGAAUUGUAUAGUUGUCCCAAAAUAAGGGAAAAUCAUAAAUGAAGUUGAUGUAUGUAACAUCAUUGCCUCCAACCCCCAAAUGGAAAAAACUAAUCUCCCUCUCUCUCUCACGUUGCAACAGUCACUGUAUAUAAUUAGAAUGCCCCUUAUGGUUGUAAUAGAAUUCAGGGUGUUAUUUUGUUGGAUUUGGAAGAUAACAAUUUUAUUCGAUUGUUUAGAGAUAUUAUCAGUUGGACACCCGAGUUGCCUAUAUAAAUUUGGUGAAGAAUUUAUUG